AUGCGUCUCCCGCUUACACUGGCCAUAUUGGCCGGAGUUGUCGCAGAUCUCCUGUGUCUCACAAAUGCCAACGCCCUCCCGCAUCGCAAGAUCGCCCCUAAGGUUUUCAUCAUUAGUAUGUUCGAACCAGAGGCGGAAAUAUGGCAGAGGAGGCUGCCAGCCAGUGGAAUGGGAGACCUGACGGAGAGGAAAUUUCAUCUUCGCGGACUGUCAAUGCUCUUUCCGUACAUCUACUGUGUUGGAGACUAUACCAUAUGCCAGGUGGUCAUUGGAGAAGGCGAAAUCAACGGCGCAGCAACAAUGAUGUCGCUCAUUCUGUCAAACGCAUUCGACCUCCGCAAGACUUACUUCCUAAUCAGUGGAAUAGCCGGGGUGAAUCCCAAACAUGGAACACUGGGAAGCGUUGCCAUCGUCAAGUAUGCCAUUCAAGUUGCGUUGCAGUACGAAAUAGACGCAAGAUCGAUGCCCGAGCAUUGGGAGACUGGGUACAUGGCUUUUGGAACCAAGCAGCCGUUCGAGUACCCGUCAAUCCUCUACGGGACCGAGGUAUUCGAGCUUAAUGAAUCGCUGAGGGACGACGUCUUCAGGCUGGCAGCGGCCUCUGAUCUAACGGAUUCGGAGGAUACAAAUAUGUACCGACUGAAAUACGUACCCAUGGGCGUUGACUACCUCCCUGCAACGGAACCGCCUCGAGUGAUCAAAUGUGAUGUCGCCACUAGUGACGUAUAUUACACUGGCACGUUGCUCAGCAAUGCGUUUGAAAAGACGGCCGCCGUGUGGACGAAUGGCUCUGCCUCAUAUUGCAUGACAGCGCAGGAGGACAAUGCGACUCUCGGGGUUUUAGUCCGUUCUGCCGUUGAAGGGCUUGUGGACUUCGGUAGGGUCAUUGUCAUGAGAGCAGGCUCGAAUUUCGAUAGACCACCAGUGGGUGUCAGCACCUAUGAACACCUCGUUCUGUUGGACCAAAACGGCUUCCACAUUGCUAUCGAUAACUUGUUUAAUACCGGCAUUGAGAUUGUCAAAGGUAUUAUCCAUGGAUGGAACUGCAAAUUUGGAAAGGGUGUCGCGGCGGCCAAUUAUAUCGGCGACAUUUUCGGGACGCUCGGCGGAGUUCCCGAUUUCGGGCCCGGAGUGAAGGCGCAACAAGUUAAGGCUCGACGUGUGAAGAGAAGGGUCGCUGUUGCAUCUUAA